CGUUAGGUACAACCAUGGCUCAUGCUCAUAGGGGUCACAGGGAAGAAGGCAUAACCAAGCUCGCAAUUCAUUCAGAGGGUAGAACUCCGUUGCUGUUUGAGUUCGACCAGAAAAAGCCUCUUGCUGCUAUCAUCCGUGAUGUCUGUGAACGCUGGUCGGUGGCAGAUCCGGAUCGCUAUGCGUUUACACACCUCGACUCCAACAUGUACAUUACUGAAAAGAAUCGGAAUUCCAUUAAAGAUGGUCACAUGUUGAAGCUUACCACGUCUCCCGAGCUGGAAGCACAGGCAGUGAGCGAUAGUUUGAGGUCAAGCAAUAAAGAAAAUCUGAAAAAGUCGUUGGAGCAUUUAUCUCAUGUGUCUAAAGAUAGUACGUUUGCAUCUGAAUUCAUUCGUUUGGCAGGUAUAGAGCAACUUAUUGGAAUGGGUGAAACGGAAAGCGUCGGGUCGGGUUUGCUUGGUCAUGCUUUGACCGCUUUUCAAGAGCUGAUGGAGCAUAGUAUUGUGUCAUGGGAUACGCUCACACAGCCUUUUGUUCACAAGCUGCUGUCGUACAUAAAUGAACGAGAUGUACAGGACCAGACUCUCAUUGCAAAGUCACUGAGUGUUCUAGAGUCAGUGACACUCAACAGUACUAAUUUAUGUAAGGUAGUUGCUGAUGGUGUCAGAAUAGACAACCUUAUUCAGCAUAUCAGCAGUCACAUUCAUGAUACACAAGAGAAUGCCAUAGGACUGAUAAAUGGUUUGCUGCUCAAAGCUCCUCCUGCUAAAGCAAAAAUGCUUGCAAGUGGAUCUACUGUGAAGAGUAUUCGUGAAGCAUUAAGAAAGAGUGUUUUAAGUCGAUCAACAUCAGUUCACAAGGAAAUGAAGCACGAACUGUAUGUCUUUCAAGUACUCAUUAUUGGCCAACUUCACUUGAGAGCUGUCUCCAAGUUUGAUACUGAUAAUAAGGAAGACAUGCAGAAUCUUCAGUUGUUGCCACGAACUUGUUUUCCUGAUGCUGACAGCUCUUCUUCUCAACCAGUGAAACAGUCACACUGGAAAAGACUUGGUUUUGUGAAUGAGAAUCCAUGGACUGACUUUAAUGAAACUCCACCUGGUGUGCUUGCUCUUGAUGCUAUGGUCUACUUUGCAAAACAGCAAGGAGAUCUGUGUGCCAAGUGGGUGUCAGAAAACUUGUCACGUGGCGAGUACCAGUGUCCUUUUGCUCGAGCAAGCAUCAGCUUAACCAAAAUGUUGUGUGAGAUACUGAAAGUUGGCGAACCUCCUUCAGAGACAAGUCAAGACUAUAUGCCUGUUUUUUAUGCUUGUGACAAUGCCUUUAUGGAAAUAUUUUGUGUCUGCAUCAACUUGAUGAACAAAACUUGGAGAGAGAUGCGAGCAACAGUGAACGAUUUAGACAGAGUUAUGACCAUUGUUCGAAGGCAGAUAACUGGUGCAUUGAGUGACGAACCUUUGACACUGGAGCAAUUUCGAAGUAUAUGCUAUAGCUUGACAUACCAAAAAAUAACAGACAUUAUUGACAGUGAGAAGAAAAUCAUUGAAGAUUCAACUUCAAGGGCUCCUCCUGUCGUGCGACUUAGGGAGCAAAUUCGGCCAGAGAUAGUGUCUUUGGUACAAGAGCAGAGGCUGUCAUAUUUGAUGGAAGGAACUCACUUUCCUCUGUAUACUACUAAGAGGCAUAGAGGAAUGUUUUGGUACUGUCGAUUAUCACCAAAUAAAAAACUUUUGCAUCAUGGUGAAGCAGAUGAGGGGUCACGUCCAUCUGUUGACAGUCUGCAAUCGAAAUUUCCCAUUGGUGAGGUAAAGCAACUUGUAUUUGGAAGAGAGUGUCCUCACAUGAGACGUACGAAGGGCAUCAUUCCAGGUGCAAGUCCACCAUAUGAAUUGGCAUUUUCUUUGAUGAUUGACGAUGAAAAACAUUUGGACUUCGUUGCUCAAGAUGAAAGGACUUUUUCAAUUUGGACUGAUGGGCUCAGAGUGCUUAUUCAUCAUCAAAUGCAGGACAAACUAGCACUAGACGAGAUUGAAACACUUCUCAACAUGGAGAUGAAACUGCAUCUUCUUGACGUUGAAAAUGCACCUAUUCCUGACAAAGAACCACCCAUUCCUCCUGAUCCUCCUAAUUUCAAUUUUGCAUACCAUUAUGACUGAAUGUGAGAACACAGACUGGAAGUUGGAGUUGUACUAAACCUACAUAAUUGACGUAAUGGUUUGCCAUUAGGCUUUGGCUAGUUGUGACCUUGCAAUCAUGGUUUAUUGUGGUUUGUUGUA